GAAGAUUUUCUAACUGAAGACUGCAUAAAACCCUAGGUAAUGGAGCGACUGAAGUAUGAAGCUGAUUAUGAGAGACAAAGAAAAUUUCUGCGUGAGAGGUAUCUGCACAUAAAACGCAACUAUGUCUGCGACAGUAGCAAUGAGCGAUACCAGUGGCCUGCCCCAUCUUUAAAAAAUCGUUAUCAUACAGACGUGAACGUCAACAAUUGGGUCGAAGAAAGACGAGAUUAUGAUUACUUGAAGAACAAAAGGCAGACAAUGAGUGACGUAAGUACGUUUCAUUUCCUAGUUCUUAAAACCGCAGAUACGCACGAGGUCAAUCAUAGUUUUCAGGAAAGUUCGGUUCCUUUGACUACGGCAAAGCACUCGAAGGCUGUAGGGCUAUGGAAGGGAUGUCUUCGUCGAGGAUUUUCUAAGGGAAACUAGCUCGUAUGUACGUUGAACAUCGAGAAAACCUCAAAAACGUCCAUUCGUGCCCACUCAUGC